CAUUACGAUCUGCUCGGCGUCAUUAGGUUUAAACGCUGUGGAUUUCUUUCUGUGGUUUCCUGUCUUUAAAAGGAAACAGGCUCCGUGUCCAAAGCCAUACGCGUCGGGUUUCCUCUAUUGAGCGAUUUAUACCUACAAUGCUCAGUGCAGGACACCAACUGCUCAAACAUUUCGCGCUUGAACUUCUCUCCCAGUAUUGAUGACCACGAGGAGUUCAAGUCUCGCUCAAAUGGAUAGCGAUAACUGCGAUUCCCAGUCGGGCGAUGACGUCGAGAAGUAUUCUGCGCCAUCAGCAUGGCCACCUACCGAUCGCGACCCUUUCGAGGUAUCCUUCGAUGGGAUCGACGACCCUUUUUGUCCACAUAGCAUGUCACUGCUUCGGAAGUGGAUCACAGUCACAAUAUUAUGCAAUGUGACGAUCUGCGUUACCUGCACUAGCUCAGCAUACACAUCCACAUACACCCAGAUGAAUACUGAGUUUGGCACGUCAUCUCUUGUUUCUACCCUUGGACUUUCGACGUUCCUUUUAGGCAUUGCCUUCGGACCACCAAUGAUCAGCCCUUUGAGUGAGUAUUAUGGACGACGUCCCAUCUAUCUCGCUACAUGGUCUCUUUUCAUCCUUUCGACAAUUCCAUCAGCAGUCGCAAAGAAUAUUCAGACCAUCCUGGUUACUCGGUUUUUCAGUGGCGCCUUUGGUGGCACCUUUCUAUCAGUGUCAGGAGGGACCGUGGGAGACAUCUUCCUACCACACCAAAUCCAACACCCCAUGUCCCUUGUGUCGUUGGUGCCGUUCAUGGGACCUUGCGUGGGCCCCAUUGUUGGCGGAUUCAUCAACUAUAAUAUCAACUGGCGAUGGACCUACUAUAUCAUGAUCAUUUGGUCUUCGAUAUUAAUGACCAUUAUUGUGUUCUUCACGCCCGAGACAUUUCAUCCCAUCAGAUUAUAUAUGAAGGCGAAACAUCUCCGCCAGCAGACUGGCGACGACCGGUAUCGAGCGCCGAUGGAGAAUCAGAGCGGAGAUGCCCAGACAUCAAAGGCUUCCAUCAUAGCAGCCUCCAUGCUACGACCCUUGCAAUUCAACUUCCUGGAACCCAUGUGCCUCUGCCUCAACGUAUACUCAGCUAUUCUACUGGCCAUACUGUACUUGUUCUUCCUGGCAUUUCCACGCCUCUUCCGAACAGAGUAUGGAAUGAACCUAUGUCAAGGUGGUCUCACAUUCUUUGGCGUCAUUGUGGGCAUGUGUUUGGCGGCAGCAUCAUCAUCAGUCUGGUCCAACAUCCGCACGCGACUCGUGGAGAAAUACGGGACUAGUGAGCCGGAAUUUCGUCUACCACCAGCCAUGUUGGGCGCGUUCUUCAUACCCACUGGGCUGUUCUGGUUUGGUUGGACGAUAAGUCCCGAUAUCCAUUGGAUGAUUCCUAUAAUUGGUUCCGGUGUUUUCGGCUGCGGAACUGUCCUUGCCUUUACUGGCAUCUAUACCUUUCUCAUUGAUGCAUACGCAAAGUAUUCUGCAUCUGCACUGGCGUCUAACGGACUGACUAGGUGCUUGUUUUCGGCUGCGUUUCCAUUAUUUGGCGUACAGAUGUACGAUAAGCUCGGCCACCAAUGGGCAACAAGUCUUCUUGCAUUUCUUACAGUUGCCAUGAUGCCCUUUCCUUGGCUAUUCUUUAAGUACGGCAAAGCUCUGAGAGGGAAAAGUAAAUUUGCCCUCCACGACAAAAUGUAAAGCCGCAAAGAUAGUGCUAGGAUAGAAAACGGCGUAAAUAGAACAUUAAAAACCCUGUGAGCUUUACUAAAGUACUUGGGCACCAAUGUGAUGUUAAUUUCCC